CACCCCGCUCCGCGCCGCGGCCCCCCCCGCCGCCGCCGCCCGCCGCCGCCGCCGCCCCGGUGCCCGCGCGGCCCCGCCCGCCCGCGCGGCCCCGCGCAGCCCCGCGCAGCUCCGCAGUCCGGCGCAGCCCCGGCCGGGAGAAGAUGGCGGAUCGCGCCGAGAUGUUCUCGCUCUCCACCUUCCACUCGCUCUCCCCGCCGGGGUGCAGAAAAUUUUGGUUUCCAUGACACCCUCCUUCCUGACAGGGAAAUGGCUCGGUUUAAUUUUUUUGACCAGCCUUACCCCAGUAUUUUUCGUGAGCGGUGGGGCAGCCCUGGGCUUGCCUGUCGGACCGUGAACAUCGUGCUGGCAGGCCCCCCCAGGACAUCAGCCUGGAGGAGUUUGACGACGAGGACCUGUCGGAGAUCACGGACGACUGCGGCAUCGGACUCAACUACGACUCGGACCACUACGAGAAGGACUGCCUGGUGCUGGAGCGCAGCGAGCAGCCGCACCCCGUGUGCACCUUCCAGGACGACUUCCAGGAGUUCGAGAUGAUCGACGACAACGAGGAAGAGGAGGAGGAGGAGGAGGAAGAGGAGGAGGAGGAGGGCAACGAGCUGGAAGCCCCGCCGUCGCCUUCGGCCUCGCCCAUCCCCUCGCCCGCCGUGGAGGAGACGCAGAAGCACCGGCCCACCACCCUCAACCUGACGGCUCCGGGCACCCAGGACUCCCUGAACAACAACGGCAGCUACCCGCCUCCUGCUCCCGCGCAUCGCACCACGUGGCAGGACGCCCUUCUCCACUCCUCCUCCUCCUCCUCUUCCUCGCACGCUGGGCACGCGUCUCCGCACCCCUGCAUCCAGGACGGACCCUGCCCGGAGAGCCGGAGGGGCCCGGGGCCGAGUCCCGGCGAGGCCGCCCCAGUCCUGGUCCCGGUCCCGGCCCCGCGGCCGCCCGCCCGGUACGACGCCGAAGGCAACAGCCGCGGGCCAACAGCCGGCGGUCACCCGCCGCCCGCGAGCGCCGGGGAGGAUUACAACAUGAACAUCAUCUCCGCGCCGCCCAGACCGCCGCUCUCCCCGCCGUGCCGCCGCCAGCCGCCCCCCGCGCCGCCCCUCUCCCCCGCCGGCUCGGACCCCCGGAGCCCCGCGGCGCCCGCUGCCGAGCCGGAGCCGCCAGCGGCCGGCGGCGGGGGGAGCCCGGCGGCGGACGCCCCCCCGGCCCCCGCGGAGCGACGCGGCACCCCGCCGUCCGAGGAGGAGCCGGGCCCCGGAGCGCCCGCCGGCCGGGGCGCGGGGCGGGGGUCCCGGCCGCCGGGCAGCCACGCGGGGCUGGCGGAGCCGCUGAGCUCCGAGGGCGAGGGUCCCCAGCGCGGCCGGGCGGCCAGCGUGCGCGGGCGCCCCUCGGGCUCCUCGGAGACCACCUCGCCCUCCUCGGACCCCGGCAUCGAGGCCGACCUCACCAGCAGGAACUCCAAGCCGUUCCUGCCCUGCAGCCGGCACAGCGAAGACCUCAGCUCGCCCGGCUCCGACUCGGAGGUGGAGGGGGAGAUCGAGGCGGCUUUCGCCUCCGGGCGCCUGGUCAGCAACAUGAUCUCCUCCAUCUCGGAGACGGAGCUCGACCUGAGCAGCGACAGCAGCAGCGGCAGGUCCUCCCACCUCACCAACUCCAUCGAGGAGGCCAGCUCGCCCACCUCGGAGGCCGAGCUGGAGACGGAGCUGGAGGCACCGGGCGUUAUGGGCAUCAAGGACUCCCUGCUGCUGGACAAGGGCAAGGAGGAGGAGGAGGAGACGCUGCAGCGGGAAAUCCCGGCCAGCGGCGUGCUGAGGAGGGAGAGCCUGGCCCAGCUGAAGACGGAGGGUUACUACGACAGCCUGAACCCGGAGGACUCCUCCGCGCCCCUGGACCAGACCGAGGUGUCUGCCUCCAGCCCCCUGGACCUGAAGAUCGACCCGGACCACAGCCUGGAGAGCAUCCGGCGCUCCUUCUACCUGCCCGUGGGGCCCAAGCUCAUGCCCGAGGCAGACGACGAGGACAACAGCGAGUACGACUCCGACUCGGAGUCGGAGCCCGACCUCAGCGAGGACUCGGACUCGCCUUGGCUGCUCAGCAACCUCGUCAACAAGAUGAUCUCGGAGGGCUCCUACCCCAUCAAGUGCCCGGACGAGUGCUUCCAGCAGACCCACUCGCUCUGCGACACCAUCUCCCCCGCCUCCGACCUGGAGCCCGAGCUGCUGAGCGAGGCGCUGGACGGGGAGCCGGGCUUGCGGGACUCCCCGGUGAGCGAGGCGGAGCCGGCCGCGCUGUCCCGCUCCCAGCGCAGCAUCGAGCUGGUGGACAUGGAGACGCUGCGCAGCUCCCUGCAGCGGGCCGAGGACGCCGGGACGGAGCCGGCGCUGGAGCCGCCCGCCGACGACCCGGGUCCCUACCUCUUCCUGAGCAACCCCACCAACGACACCAUCGCGCCCGCGUUCCCGGGGCGUCCCGUCGCCGUCGACCGCCUGGGCAGCUCCGAGGUCCUGGCCGCCUUCGGCUGCCGCACGGGGCCGUCCCGCGCCGUCCCACGCGGCUCCCCCGGCAGCACCGCCGGGUCGGAGGCCGCCCCCGGGGAGCCCCGCGCCGAGGGAGAGCCCGCGGGCGGCCCGAAGGACUGGGCCGUCGACAAGGACCUGGACUCGGGCAUCCUGGAGGACAACGACAUGAUCGACGACGUCCGGUUAGAGCCCCUGGGGCAGGACCCCGACGCCUUCCCUCCCGCCCUGGACGUCUCCACCGCCAAGACCAACCGCUGCUUCACCAUGGCCUACUCCACGGACGAGGACGAGGCGCCCUGCCCGGGCGGCCCCGGCGGCUCCCCCUUCCCCGAGGACCCCCGGGGCUUCGCGGGGGACCUGCCGCCGUCGCCGGCCCCCGGGGCGCCGGAGCCGCGGGCGCUGGACGAGUCGCUGGCCUACGACUCGGUGAAGUACACGCUGGUGGUGGACGAGCACACGCAGCUGGAGCUGGUGAGCCUGCGGCGAUGCACCUCGGCGCUGAGCGACGACAGCGACCUGCUGCGCGCCUGCGACCGCUGCGACCUGGACGACGAGGCGGCCUUCGGGGACGGGCUGGCGGCCCCCGACGCCCAGAGCUCCUCCGAGGACUCCUCGCCCGAGGCCGACCUCCAGUUCUCCAAGAAGUUCCUCAACGUCUUCGUCAACAGCACGUCCCGCUCCUCCAGCACCGAGUCCUUCGGGCUCUUCUCCUGCAUGGUGAACGGGGAGGAACGGGAGCAAACCCACCGGGCCGUCUUCAGGUUCAUCCCGCGCCACGAGGACGAGCUGGAGCUGGACGUGGACGACCCCAUCCUGGUGGAGCUGGAGGAGGAUGACUACUGGUACCGGGGCUACAACAUGCGGACGGGCGAGAGGGGCAUCUUCCCCGCCUUCUACGCCCACGAGGUGGUCGGCCAAGCCCGCGACGUUAUAGGCCUCAAGAGAAACCCGUGCUGGGUGGAGCGGUUCAACGUGCAGUUCCUGGGCUCCGUGGAGGUGCCCUACCACCAGGGCAACGGCAUCCUCUGCGCGGCCAUGCAGAAGAUUGCCACCACCAGGAAGCUGACGGUGCACUUGCGCCCGCCGGCCAGCUGCGACCUGGAGAUCACGCUGCAAGGCAUCAAGCUCAUCCUGACGGUGAACGAGUACAGCCGGGACGAGGAGUUUGAGCGGUGCAGCCACUUCUUCCAGAUGAAGAACAUCUCCUUCUGCGGGUGCCACCCCAGGAACAGCUGCUACUUCGGCUUCAUCACCAAGCACCCGGUGCUGAGCCGCUUCGCCUGCCACGUCUUCGUCUCCCAGGAAUCCAUGCGGCACGUCGCCGAGUGUGUCGGACGCGCGUUUCAGGAAUAUUACCAGGAGCACCUGGAGUACGCCUGCCCCACAGAGGACAUCUACCUGGAGUAAGGGGGCGAGCCGCUGCGUCUCCUGCUUCCGCGCCCCCCUCCAGCCCCACAGCUGGCCAGAGACUCUGUCCGACCCCACGACCAGCCGGCUUGGCCCCCCCCGCACAUGCUCCAGCCCACGCCCCACGGACUCACCGCGCAUCCUCGCUGCUUCGCCGGGGCCGGGGCGCCGUGGGGCGCAGCCAGCGCCGCCCAGCCCCACACGCCGCCCCCUGCAUGAGCAAAGCCCCGCGGGGCCGGGGCGGCCCGGGGGCCGCGGCGGGGCCGGGGCCGCGGCGGGGCCGGGUACCGCGGGGCGAUGGAGCAGCGCCGGGACGAGCAUCUCCGGCCGCCCGCGGCCCCCUCGCCCCGGCCGUCGCCGCCAGCCCCCCGCCGCCUGAAUGUAUCUGCCCCACGCGAGGAAAGGCUGCCCCGGCGGGGGGACCGGCGGGGGGGCCGGGCCGGGAGCCGGCCCGCAGCACCGGGCGCGCGGCCGCCCCGCUCCUCACUGCUGUGCCUGGUGAUUUCUUUUGCUUGCCGGCCCCGUAUAUCCAAUCAGUGCUAGUUUAGUGACGGUAACUCCACUCCGCUCUAUGUACCGAUAUUUAUCUUGUAACGAAACAACAAGAGGAGUCCUGAGCAACUGUAACUUGUACAAAACCCUGGUCAAAGGUUCUCCCCUCACUGCCUUGUCAUCCAGUUGGUCUUUCAAUAAAAUAUAUGCUUGGUGUGA